AUGGUCAGCCUGCUGUGCGGAGCCUGCUGCACGAUCAGCCUGCUGCACGGUCAGCCUGCUGCGGUCAGCCGUUGCGUGGUUAGCCUGCUGCGGUCAGCCUGCUACAUGGUCAGCCUGCUGUGCGGUCAGCCUGCUGCAUGGUCAGCCUGCUGCACGGUCAGCCUGUUGCGCGAUCAGCCUGCUGCACGGUCAGCCUGCUGCGUGGUUAGCCUGCUGCGGUCAGCCUGUUGCGUGGUUAGCCUGCUGCGGUCAGCCUGCUACAUGGUCAGCCUGCUGUGCGGUCAGCCUGCUGCAGUCAGCCUGUUGUGCGAUCAGCCUGCUGCACGGUCAGCCUGCUGCAUGGUCAGCCUGCUGCGGUCAGCCUGCUGUGCGGUAGCCUGCUGCACGGUCAGCCUGCUGCCUGGUCAGCCUGCUGCACGGUCAGCCUGCUGCGGUCAGCCUGCUACAUGGUCAGCCUGCUGCACAGUUAGCCUGCUACAUGGUCAGCCUGCUGCGUGGUCAGCCUGCUGCGUGGUCAGCCUGAUGCACGGUCAGCCUGCUGUGGUCAGCCUGCUGUGGUCAGCCUACUGUGCAGUCAGCCUGCUGCACAGUGUGCUGCGGUCAGCCUGCUGUGUAGUCAGCCUGCUGCAUGGUCAGCCUGCUGCAUGGUCAGCCUGCUGCAGUCAGCCUGCUGCAUGGUCAGCCUGCUGUACGGUCAGCCUGCUGCAUGGUCAGCCUGCUGCAUGGUCAGUCUGCUGUGUGGUCAGCCUGCUGCAUGGUCAGCCUGCUGCACGGUCAGUCUGCUGCAUGGGUGUGAACGACCCAGCCAGGUCUAUGACCGUACACCGAUGGCGUGUGUUCCGCAGCCCUACCCGCUCACUGGAGGGGUGUGGGCGCAGCGCAGGCUCCCACUGCGCCGUGGACGGGGCUCUGCAGUCUCUUUAG